AUGUCAUCCCAACCACAAGAAGUAUCUGGUAAUGCUCCAUCUACACAAUCUGUGAGAUCAAAGGCUGAUCCUGCAUGGGAACAUUGUGUUCAAGUAGCUAGCAAAAACCCAAGUGGCAAACCUCGCUUGAGAUGUUGUAUUGUGCAAAGGAAUUUGGAGUUGGGAGAAAAUUUGAAAGAAAUUGAAGAGAAGAAAGGUAAGAAACAAGAUAUAUAUGAGAAGGACAAUCCCUAUGGUCCUAGUGUCACACCAUUUGAAGGGGAUGCUCUAAAUUUGCAAGAGGUUCCUCCGACACAGAGUCAAACUCCUACUCUAACUUCUUCUCAGCAAAAUAUUCAAACUUCUGCCUUAAGACCAUCUCAAGCUAUGAAAAGAAAGCCAUCUGCACCAAUAGACAAAUUCUUUGCCCCAAGGACAAGUCCAGGUGCACAACCGGGAAUUAGAAGUGCGUUUGCAGGUAAGGAAGCCGUGCAUAGAGCAGACUUAGCUAUGGCUAGGUGGCUCUAUGAUUGUUGUAUUCCAAUUAAUGCUGUUAAUUCUCCUUACUUCCAGCCUAUGAUAGAUGCUAUUGCAGCUAUUGGACCUGGUUAUAAAGGGCCAUCUUAUCAUGCUUUUAGAACCAAAUUACUACAAGAUAUGAAAAAGGAGGUUCAAUUGUUAGUUGAUGAGUGUAGAGGCUUUUGGGCAGAAAUUGGUUGCACAAUAAUGGUUGAUGGUUGGCAAGAUCAAAGAAAUAGACAAUUGAUUACUUUUCUUGUUUACUGUCCUAGAGGGAUUGUGUUCAUUAAGUCUGUUGAUGCCUCAGAUAUUGUGAAGGAUGCCUAA